AUGGCCUUCGCGCUGUGCUCUCGCCCCUUCGCCCCCUCCGUCGCCGCGACCGCCGUCUCCUCGCGCUCUGGCGGAUCGCACCCAGGUCGAGAAGGGCAGCGCGCCAUGCUCCCCGCGUGCGCCACCUCCGGCCUUCCGCGCGCGCGCGCCUUGCUUAGUCCACGCUCUGCGUCCGCCAGUCGGCGCGCUUCCCUGCUUACUCCGCGCUGUUCCGCGGGGGACGGAAUUGGGGCGGAAACAGAGGGGGGAGGGGCGAAGGCAGGAGCAGGUGUCGGGCACGCAGGGGGGGAAAUCAUUCUGCGCGUCGUGUAUCAUAGGUGCGAAGGGGGACAACGGUGGGAUGGGAUGGGGAGGGAGCGGGAAAGGGUAAAGAAAGUGCUCGCAGGAGGGGGGGAAAGGGGGGCGACGGUGACUACACGGGGUGGGGGCUGCACGUGUGUGGGGCGAUGUGGAGACCGAGACCCACUGCCUGCCAGCACCUCUUGCCCUCCUCGCUUGCCACUGCCACUCGUGGUGUUGCUGGUGCUCAUGCAUCUUCCCAUGCUGCCAUGCGCUGCUCCAUGUGCCGGCACUGGCAGGGGCGAUGGCGACUACAACGGAUGGGGGCUGCACGUGUGGGGCGACGUGGAGACAGAGACCGACUGGCAGCACCCUCUGCACUCCUCGCCUGCUGCUGCCACUGGCGGUGUUGUUGCUGCGGGUGGUGGCGGGAUGAAGUGGGUGGAGUGGCGCGUGCAGCUGCAGCCACAGGCGCGGACAGUGAACGUGCUGCCACACCGAGGGGACUGGAAGGACUGCACGUGGACCAUAGACAUGGCCGCGCUGCCCACCGCCAUAGACAUGGCCGCGCUGCCCACCGCCAUAGACAUGGCCGCGCUGCCCACCGCCAUAGACAUGGCCGCGCUGCCCACCGCCAUAGACAUGGCCGCGCUGCCCACCGCCAUAGACAUGGCCGCGCUGCCCACCGCCAUAGACAUGGCCGCGCUGCCCACCGCCAUAGACAUGGCCGCGCUGCCCACCGCCAUAGACAUGGCCGCGCUGCCCACCGCCAUAGACAUGGCCGCGCUGCCCACCGCCAUAGACAUGGCCGCGCUGCCCACCGCCAUAGACAUGGCCGCGCUGCCCACCGCCAUAGACAUGGCCGCGCUGCCCACCGCCAUAGACAUGGCCGCGCUGCCCACCGCCAUAGACAUGGCCGCGCUGCCCACCGCCAUAGACAUGGCCGCGCUGCCCACCGCCAUAGACAUGGCCGCGCUGCCCACCGCCAUAGACAUGGCCGCGCUGCCCACCGCCAUAGACAUGGCCGCGCUGCCCACCGCCAUAGACAUGGCCGCGCUGCCCACCGCCAUAGACAUGGCCGCGCUGCCCACCGCCAUAGACAUGGCCGCGCUGCCCACCGCCAUAGACAUGGCCGCGCUGCCCGCACCGCCAUCCUCCACCAGCACCCACCGCGGCCCCACAGUGUGGCUCAUCUCUGACUGCCAGCGCGCCUUCCUGCACGCCCCCAACCUCGACCGCCUCCCCAAGGUACCUCCACCCGCCUCUCUCCUGCCCCCACCGGCGUCUCUCCCACCCACCCCAACCUGUCCCUCGCCUCAGGGCAGUUUGGAUCUAUUCAAGGCGCACUGGGUGUCGGCAGACGAGAUUGCAGUGGACUGGGACUAUAACGAGAGUGACUAUGGCGAGCAGAUUCUCUUCGCCCUGCAUGCCAGCGAAUCCGCCUCACUCGCCCUCACAGAGGACGGCGUGCAAGGAGCGGACUCCGUCAUUCCCCUCACGCUGGACGCUGCCGGCCUCUCACCUGCUGUGCGCACCAAGUUCCCCCACCUAGCGUCCUUCACCUGCCUACGCCUCCCCACCCCCCCCCUCCCCCACCUGCACCGCCUGCUUGCCUCACAGACCGCCCUCGCCUGCUCCUCUGCAUCAGGCACGCCCCUGGACGCCACGUGUCUGCAGGUGGCAGGCGCCUUGGACGCGCUGUGUGGGUACGAGGGGCCGCUGGGAGCGCACGUGGAGAAGCAGGGGGGGGGCUGGUGGUCCAGUGGCAGUGGCACCGUGAGCAUUCACGUGUGGGCGCCCACGGCUCAGGAGGUGACGCUGCUGCUGUUCGACCAGCCACAUGCAUCGCCCCCCGUGUCUCGCCAGCCCAUGGAGCGGGGCAGCGAGGGGCAGUGGAGUUCACAGGGCCCCAUGGCAUGGCAGGGCAUGUACUAUCAGUAUGAGAUCCGGGUCUUCCAUCCCGCCACCAAUAGAAUCGAGACAUGUGUCACCACCGACCCUAACUCCCGCGGCCUCUCAGCCAAUGGAGAGCGCUCAUUGGUGGUUGACCUGAGUGAUGCCUCGUUGGCGCCGCCUGAUUGGUCCACGUUGCAUCAGAGGAAGCCGCCUCUGCAGUCGUUUUCAGACGUGUCCAUCUACGAGCUUCACAUCCGUGACUUCAGUGCAUUGGACUCCUCAGUGCCCGAGCCCCACCGAGGAACGUACCUCGCCUUCACCCACCCCCAGUCACAGGGAGCACAGCAUCUGACUCAACUAGCGGGCAGCGGGCUCACGCACCUGCACCUGCUGCCAGCCUACGACUUUGGCUCCGUCAAUGAGGACAAAACCGCCUGGCAGGCUGUCGAUGAGCCCUCCCUCAGGCAGUACCCGCCUGACUCGGACCGCCAGCAGGCGGCUGUAGCAGCCGUGAAGGAUGUGGACGCUUACAACUGGGGAUACGACCCGGUGCACUGGGGUGUGCCGGAUGGCAGCUAUGCCACUCACGCUGACGGCACUGCUCGCACCCUCGAAUUCCGUUCCAUGGUGCAGGCAGUGAACGGCAUGGGGCUGCGCGUGGUGCUGGAUGUGGUCUACAACCACCUCUACGCCAGCGGCCCUCACAGCCCCUUCUCCGUCCUCGAUAAGGUGGUACCCGGUUACUACGUGCGGAGGGACGUGGAGGGGCGCGUGGAGAGCAGUGCGUGCUGCAACAACACGGCGAGCGAGCAUGCCAUGGUGGAGCGCCUCAUAGUGGAUGAUGUGCUCACGUGGGCCACGCAGUACAAGGUGGAUGGGUUCCGGUUUGAUCUCAUGGGGCACCUCAUGAAGCACACCAUGCUGUGCAUCCGCUCGGCACUGGACGCACUCACAGUCGAGGAGCAUGGGGUGGACGGCAAGGCCAUCUACCUGUAUGGCGAGGGGUGGGAUUUCGGCGAGGUGGCGAAUAAUGGCCGCGGGGUGAACGGAGCGCAGGCCAACCUGCACGGCACGGGCAUUGGCAGUUUCAACGAUCGCUUCCGCGAUGCAGUGAUCGGGGGGUCGCCCUUCGGCAAUCCACAGCAGCAGGGCUUCGCCUCGGGCCUCCUGCUGCUCCCCAACGAGUACGAGGAGAGCGAGCGGCAACGGGAAUACAGCUCCAGCAGCAGUGGCAGCAGCAGCGGCAGCAGCAGUGGGGAGGAGAGCGGGGGCGAGGGGGGGUCAUCAGUAGCGUGGUGGCGGCGGCGACUGGCGGAGAGUGUGGAUGUGAUCCAGGCGGGCAUGGCGGGCAACCUCAGAGACUUUGCCUUCGCCUCUCAUGCCACCGGCCAGCAGGUGACGGGAGGGCAGCUGUACACGUUUGGAGGGUCGCCUGUGGCGUAUGCCGCCACCCCGCAUGAAUCGGUGACGUACAUAUCAGCACAUGACAACGAGACUCUCUUUGACAUCAUCACCAUCAAGGCAGCAGCAGCAGCAACCCCCCAGCAGCGCGUGGCAAUGAAUCGAGUGGGCAUGGCGGUGGUGGCAUGGGGGCAGGGCGUGCCAUUCAUCCAUGCGGGCGACGACCUGCUGCGCUCCAAGUCACUCGACCGUGACUCCUACCACUCAGGGGACUGGUUCAACCGGCUCGACUGGUCAGGCGGCAGCAGCAACUUUGGCGUGGGGCUGCCCCCGCAUGAGAAGAACGGCGACAAAUGGGACAUGAUGCGUCCGCUCCUGGCCAACCAAUCGCUGCGUCCCACAUCAGCAGACAUAGGUGCCACGUCACGCUACCUGCGCAUGCUGCUGGCUGUGCGCUACUCCUCGCCGCUCUUCCGCCUGCCCUCUCUGGAGCUCGUUCAGGAGCGAGUGCGAUUUCUCAACGUGGGCCCCACAGCGCUGCCAGGGGUGAUAGUAAUGAGUGUGACUGAUGGCGACGAUGGCUCGGGCAUGGCCCAGCUGGACUCCAGGUUCCGUAUGCUGCUGCUGGUGGUGAGCAUGCAGCCCCAGCCUGCCCACCUGCACCUGCCGUCCCUGCUCUCACGCAAUCUCGUUCCACACCCACUGCAGGAGCAGCAUGGCAUGGUCCCAUCAGUGCAAGGAGCAGGCCCCUGGUUCCAAGCAGACACGGCCAUGCUGACUCAUCGUCUCCCUUUCGAACCGCUGCUCUCCAAUCGUCAACUUACACUUCCUCUCGCUCUCGUGACUCUGACAGACACCUUCACGGCGAAGCUGAUUGGCGCCAACGAGGUUCCCAAGGGUAACUCCGCGGCUGCCAGGAACGCCGUCAAUGACAAAAGCGGCACGGGGCAGAUGAAGCUGGGAUUCUACAAGAAGAACGACAAGCUGGUGUGGGUGAAGUUUUCAGUGAAGGCGUCAAAGCUGGAGGGCGAGAUGCCGCCCACCAAGACGCACAUCCACGUGGGCGUCAAGGGGCAGAACCAUCACGUGCUGCUCGACCUGCCGUGCAAGUACGAAAAGAAGAGCAACAAUGACUGGCGCUGCGAGGGCGUGAUUGGGCAGGAGCAGAAACUCUCGGAUUCGCAGGUGUCGGAUUUCAUGAAGAUCGCUCAUCAGCCGAGUGGGUUCUACGGGAACAUCCACACCAAGAAGUACCCUGACGGUGCCGUGCGCGGCCAGUUUUCCAUGAAAUAA